AUGGAGUGUGUUAAGGUAACAGCCGGUGUUAGAAAACCCAAAAAAAAGCCGGUAAAGGACGAGUUGGAUCGAAUUAAGCAGGCUGAGAAGAAAAAAAGGCGUUUGGAAAAGGCUUUGGCUACAUCUGCAGCCAUACGCUCCGAACUGGAGAAGAAAAAGCUGAAGAAGAAAGAAGAACAGGAGAGGCUCGAUGAAGAAGGUGCCGCAAUAGCUGAAUCUGUUGCACUGCAAGUCCUACUUGGGGAAGACUCGGACUACUCGGAGAAGAAGGACGAGGGGUUGACUUCUUGGGAUCACUCGAGCAACAUCGGCUUUAUUACAGGGACUAGACAGCCUCAUUUUUAUAAUUUAUCGAAAUAUCCAUGCGAAAAUGCUGGCCUGAUCUCCAACAGUAAUCAGUAUGGGACAACGUCGAAUUUGUGGGGGCAUUCGUACGUGGUGGGCCCUGCCAAUAAUCUUGACAGAGGCUUUGGCCCUCAAUACUUUGAUAACGUUUGGGGUUCUGUUAGCUUUUCAGCUGGACAUCUUGCGGCUCAGGCAGUUUCGUCUCUUAAAAUAGCUGAAGACUCACGAGUCAAUGCCUUUGUGGCCAAUCGUUUCGUGAGAGGGUAA